UUGAGUUUUAUAUACUUCAUUGUUACAAUGGGAAACUGCUUGACAAACAACAAAAUAUUAGCACAAGAUGAUCAUGAAAACUAUAAUGAUCAAGCAAGAAAAGUUGAGAAUAUGAAGACAUUUUCAUCGUCGAAGUUUGAAGCGCGGUCGAGGAAUGAAAAAUGCAUGAAGAAUAAGAAGAAGGUAAGGUUUGACAUACAAAAUGAUAAAGAAGGUGAUAAAGGAGGUGAUGGUAAUUCUAGAAGUAAGACUAUGAGGAUUAGAGUGGUGAUGACUCAAGAAGAGUUGAAAAAAAUGUUGAGUUGCAAAGAUGAAUAUGAGAACAAUACAUUGGAGCAAUUACUUGGUCUUAUGAAGUUGAGAGGAGGAAAAAUUAGUAAACAUGAUUUGGGUGAAUAUUCUUGGAAGCCAGCUUUAGAAAGCAUCCCAGAAGAUCGUUUAAUUAAGUAGUGACCAAAAAUUGUUCUCACCAGAAAUUGAACUCAAGUUCUCCCGAACGAUUCAUCUUAAGGGGAGUUCAUUAACCACUUGAGUUCAAUAUCUUGAUUAAAUAGUUAUUUGUUUUGAUAGUGAUAACUUUAUGUAAAUAUGGUGAUGAUUUUAUGAUAUUUCCCCCCAUUUUAAUUGAUGUAGGAAUAUGUGUUGAGUUUCAUAUAUAAGAGGGUUUUAAUUUGGCUUGAGAAAAUAAAAAACUAAUUAAGAUGGGAUGAAGAUUGUGCAGAUUUUGGUGGGUAUGGUUUUUUUUAUCUUUGUGAUAACACUAAAUAGAUAUUUUGUUUGUAUGAA